UUGAUUGGUUUCAGUUUGUGAAUCAGCAUGUCCCUUAACUCUUUUCUCUCAGGUUCCAACCCCACCACCAUGCCCAUUCUGAAAGGCUCCUAUUCAAGAGAAACAGUUCACGUAGCACCACCACCCAUUAUCACCAACGUCAAAGCAAGUGACUUGCUCAAACAACAAUUGCUCAGUGUGCCAGCAUUAGCGAAGGUUCUCGGUGGCACUUCAUCACGCAGCACGGCGAGGCCACAACCCGCACCACCGCUCAGGCUUCAUCGUUUUCUCGACGAUUUUCCCUCUGAAACUCCCCAGAAGAGUACUCCGCAGAAGGCAAGAGAAGCAGCGACGGUGACUAACAAGGAUACUGAAACUGAGAAGAAGUACGAUGGUCGAAUCCAUAGCAAUCCGCACAAGAAGAAUGGGCCGUACACGUGCCCAAAGUGUAAGGGCGUGUUUGAUACUUCUCAGCGGUUCGCAUCGCACGCGAGUUCGAUUCACUACAAGUUUGAGUCGAAAGGUGAGAGAAAGAAGAGGUUGACGGCGAGAUACUAUAAGAGAAAUCCCCGUGUUGAAUGGGUAAAUGGUAAACCUACCAUUGUUUGGGGAAAUAACAAGAACAGUGUCGUUGUUCCUCCUCCUCAUCCUCCACCUAGGGUUCUUCCAAAAACUGAGUGUGUUGUUGAGGAGCUUCUUCCUCCUCCUGGAUUUGGAAAACCGAUUCCUCCUCCUCCUGGAUUUGGAAAACCGAUUCCUCCUCUUGGAUUUGGAAAACCGAUUCUUCCUCCUCCUGGAUUUGGAAAACCGAUUCCUCCCCCUCUUGGAUUUGAAAAACCGAUUCUUCCUCCUCCGCCUGGAUUUGGAAAACCCAUUCUUCCUCCUCCUCCUGCAUUUGGAAAACCGAUUCUUCCUCCUCCUCCUGGAUUUGGAAAACCUAUUCCUCCUCCUCCUGGAUUUGAGAAUGUAAAUUAUGGUAUACCUGGGUUUCAUCUUCCUUUUCGAUUUCAUCAGAAAUUAACUGGUGCAGUGUCCAAAUCAAACUGGACAUUCAAUAGAUGAACAAGUCUCUAUCAAUGGUGUAGUUGUUCUCGUGUUCUUCAUCUGGAAAAAUUAAGAAUAUAUUUAUCUUUAAAAAUGAAGUA